UCUCCUUCUCCCCCCUUACCCCAAACAAAAAAAAACCCUAAUUCCCAAAUCCUUGAUUUCGAAAAAAAUUCCUCCCCACAGUCACCCCACUUUCUCUCUCUUUUCUUUCCACAGUCAUUGCUGUCGCCCUCAAUUGCGACUUUCGACCACCAGUACCCAAUUGAAUCCCUUUUUCUUUGUUUCCCCACUUUCUUUUGGCCCUUUUUUUUCUCUCUGUGUCCCAUAUAUAGGUUAUCUUUUACAAAUGACUUCUUCUCCCAUUCUAGAACCAGAAACCAAUUCUUCUGCUUCUUCUCCUCCUAUUCCUGAAGCUGUUGUUGUUGCAGAAAGUGGUAAACCUGAAGCUGAAGAAGAAGGAAACAUGGAGAAAUUCAUUGUUUCUGAUGAUCCUAUGGAGGAAGAUUCCGUCAAUAAUCCUGCUACUGUUUUUUGCAUCAAAUUGAAUCAACCUCGCUCUAAUUUGCUUCAUAAAAUGAGUGUUCCUGAUCUUUGUCGCAAUUUUAGUGCUGUUGCGUGGUGUGGGAAGCUAAAUGCCAUAGCUUGUGCCUCAGAAACUUGUGCUAGAAUUCCCAGCUCUAAUUCAAAUCCUCCUUUUUGGAUCCCCAUACACAUUGUGAUUCCCGAGCGACCCACUGAGAGUGCUAUAUUCAACGUCAUAGCAGAUUGUCCCCGUGAUUCAGUUCAGUUUAUUGAAUGGUCUCCACCAUCUUGUCCUCGGGCAUUGUUGAUAUCAAAUUUCUAUGGAAGAGUAACAGUUUGGUGUCAGCCUUCUCAGGGGCCAGCUAAUCUAGUGCGAGAUGCUAGCAACUGGCAGCGGGAACAUGAAUGGAGGCAAGAUAUUGCAGUUGUAACAAAGUGGCUCUCUGGUGUUUCUCCGUAUAGGUGGCUUUCUGCAAAAUCAAAUACAUCUGCGAGCUCGAAUUCUGCUUUUGAGGAGAAGUUUCUUCCACAGCAGCCGCAGACUUCAGCGAGGUGGCCGAAUAUCCUUUGUGUCUGUUCAGUUUUCUCGUCAGGGUCUGUUCAACUACACUGGUCUCAGUGGCCAAAUCGAGAUGUUGCAGCAUCAAAGUGGUUCUGCACUAGCAAAGGGCUUCUUGGAGCUGGACCCAGUGGGAUCAUGGCAGCUGAUGCAAUGGUAACUGAUUCAGGAGCCAUGCAUGUUGCAGGUGUUCCUAUUGUGAAUCCAUCAACAGUGGUAGUCUGGGAGGUUACUCCUGGACCAGGAAAUGGAUUUGAAUCAACUCCAAAGGCGACCAUAAGCAAUGUGGUCCCUCCUUCAUUGAAUCCCCCACGUUGGUUAGGGUUUGCUCCCCUUGCAGCUUAUUUGUUUGAAUGGCAAGAAUACUUCAUAUCAGAGGAAAAACACGGAAAAAAAUACUUGUAUAAAGAUUUCGCGGCAAAUGUGGUGCUGCAUUGUUCGCCAGUGUCAAAUUUUUCUGCAUAUGUGAGCCCAGAAGCUGCAUCACAAUCAGCAGCAACUACUACAUGGGGCUCUGGUGUCACAACUGUUUCAUUUGAUCCAACUCGUGGGGGCUCUGUUAUCACUGUGGUGAUAGUUGAGGGGCAGUACAUGUCCCCAUACGACCCAGAUGAGGGACCAUCAAUCACUGGAUGGAGAGUGCAGCGCUGGGAAUCAUGUCUUAAACCUGUCGUCCUUCACCAGAUAUUUGGUAGUCCUACCAAUUUUGGAGGCCAGCCACCUAUGCAAACAGUUUGGGAGACCAAGGUCAACAAAAGCAUUCCUCCCACGGACGAUCUGAAGUCUCAGCAAGCAGCAUCAGUGGGAGCAACCUCUGACAUGCAGCCAAAACCUGAUUCAUCUGCUGAUAAAAUGAAAAGGGUUACAUUUGAUCAUUUCAAUAUGCCCAGUGAUGUCAGGACACUUGCUCGCAUUGUAUACUCUGCUCAUGGUGGUGAAAUUGCUAUUGCAUUUUUACGUGGCGGGAUCCAUAUUUUUUCAGGGCCGACCUUUAAGCCUGUAGAUACAUACCAAAUUAAUGUUGGCUCAGCAAUAGCUGCUCCUGCCUUUUCCUCAACAAGCUGCUGCUCAGCUUCUGUAUGGCAUGACACAAGCAAAGAUUGCACUAUGUUGAAAAUAAUCCGUGUUCUUCCACCUGCUGUUUCCAUUAGUCAAGCAAAAGCCAGCUCUCCAACCUGGGAACGUGCAAUUGCAGAAAGGUUUUGGUGGAGUCUUUUGGUAGGAGUAGAUUGGUGGGAUGCUGUUGGCUGUACACAGAGUGCGGCAGAAGAUGGAAUUGUUUCCUUGAACAGCGUUAUUGCAGUUUUGGAUGCUGACUUCCAUUCUUUGCCCUCUACUCAGCAUAGACUGCAAUAUGGACCGAGUCUUGACCGGAUAAAAUGCAGGCUUUUGGAAGGCACAAAUGCACAAGAAGUCAGAGCAAUGGUUCUAGAUAUGCAAGCAAGAUUGCUAUUAGACAUGCUUGGGAAGGGAAUUGAAUCUGCACUGGUAAACCCUGCAGCUUUGGUAUCUGAGCCAUGGCAAGCAUCUGGCGAGAUGUUGAAUUCGAUUGAAGCUGAGUCUAUGGCUGUUGAUCCAGCACUGGUCUUAAGUGUUCAGGCUUAUGUUGAUGCUGUUCUGGAUCUUGCCUCACAUUUUAUCACCCGUCUGCGUCGUUAUGCUAGUUUUUGUCGUACAUUAGCAAAUCAUGCUGUUCAAGCAGGAACUGGUGGCAACCGGAAUAUGGUAGCUAGUCCUACACAAAAUGCUGCAUCUCCUGCCCCAUGUCAGGGAGCUCAAAGUGGUACAACAAGUUCAACUGGAAGCACACAAAUGCAGGCUUGGGUCCAGGGUGCUAUUGCCAAGAUUAGUAGUACAACAGAGGGAGUUCCAAGUUCAACUCCUAACCCCUUGAGUGGGCCUUCCUCAUUUAUGCCAAUUAGCAUCAAUACCGGAACUUUUCCUGGUACACCUGCUGUUAGGCUUAUAGGCGACUGCCAUUUCCUUCAUAGAUUGUGUCAAUUAUUGCUGUUCUGCUUCUUUUUCCGGCGCUCACAGCUACCUCGCUACAUACAAAGUGCUCAGAGAAUGACUGAUGCAAGCAUGCAAAAACCUCUGCCAAAUGCUGUAAGCAAGGUUGAAGAUAAUCAGACAAAACCCAUGCCAGUUGCAGGCAGGCCAGAAGAUGUUCAGGGGGCUCGUAGCAAUCAGUCAGCUGCUACUGCUAAGGUUGAAGACGGUCCAGCUAGCCGAACUAGAUUGGGGACUGGUAAUGCUGGCCAAGGAUACACUUUUGAAGAGGUUAAAGUGCUGUUUCUGAUACUGAUGGAUCUCUGUAAGAGAACAGCUGGUCUUGCACAUCCAUUGCCUGCUUCUCAGGUUGGAAGUUCCAAUAUUCAGGUCCGGCUACAUUAUAUUGAUGGAAAUUAUACCGUCUUGCCAGAGGUUGUUGAAGCAUCACUUGGCCCACAUAUGCAGAAUAUGCCUAGGCCUAGAGGUGCUGAUGCUGCUGGCUUACUUUUACGUGAGUUGGAACUCCAUCCCCCCGCUGAAGAGUGGCAUCGUCGAAAUAUGUUUGGUGGACCUUGGUCUGAUCUUGAUGAUAUGUGUCCUAUAGACGAAAGCUCAAAUUUAAGCUCGUCUAAUGAUCCACUUGAUUCAAGUUUGACGGAAAAUUGUGACGUUUCGUAUGGAGUGCAGAGCUUAUGGCCAAGGAAACGCAGAUUCUCUGAAAGGGAUGCUGCUUUUGGAGUUAAUACUUCAGUUGGUCUUGGAGCUUAUCUAGGAAUUAUGGGGUCUCGACGAGAUGUGGUGACUGCUGUUUGGAAAACUGGUUUGGAGGGUGUUUGGUACAAGUGCAUAAGAUGUUUGCGACAAACCUCGGCCUUUUCCUCACCAUGUUCUACAAACUCAUCCAAUCAGAAUGAUCGAGAAAUAUAUUGGAUAAGUCGCUGGGCUUACGGAUGUCCAAUGUGCGGUGGAGUUUGGGUUCGAGUUGUAUAAAUGUAUAAAUGUUUAGAUUGUACAUUCUUUUAUCAAGCUCUGGCUAGUGAAACGGCUUCACCUCCUUAAAGUUCAUGACUCGUGAGAAAGCUGACGAACCCGUCGAGUUUAUUUUGCUAAAAGAAUUAUUGGGUUGAUCACGUAUCUCUAAAUAUUGUGAAUACGAUUUAAUUGUAAUGCCCGAUAACUAAUGCUGUUGGCAUUCCUGAACCGUGAUAUAUGAGCUCUGGCGGAAGCCCUCAAUGAGCAAUUUUAGUAAGACAUAUACAGCAGCUGCGUAGCAAGAUCCAGAUACUGAAGAGAACAUCACGGGUCUCGUUGAAAAUUAUGUUAUGGAGUAGUUUUAUGUCAUCAUACUCUGUAUUUGUUGGAUUCCUGUAAACUAUUGGACAUAAAGCUCAUUUUAACAGCUGGAAAGGAGCUUAUGUUUAGUGAAAUUUAGGAGAAUUUUGUUCAGCUUUUUGUAUUUACUUUUUGUGUUCUAUUGAUUAUAAGUGGCAACCAUUUCGGCA